AUGGUACUGGUGUGUGGCCUGCACCCCACCGGAAGGCCCACAGGGGCUGUUUCCUCCAUUGCUCCCGCCUUCUCCACCACAGGCAUCGAGCGAUGCAGCCGCUGCUUCUCUCACCAGGGUGGGUUCUCAGAGUCCUCGGCCACAUGCCAGUCCUUCCGACAUUGGAAGCUACUGCUUGGAUUUUACUUGAGUCCUUUUCUCCCUCAGAUCCUUGUCACCUGCCUCAGCCUUAACUUUGCGCUCCCCCCAAUACCCUGGGUCCCUUCCCUUGGUCCUGCCCUCAAUGUGUGCUGGCCCUGCAAACUCCCACCCAGCUCCCACAGGGACGGGCAUCUGCUGAGACUGCUGUUUAAAAACAGCAUGCUCUUUGAGUCCAGGAUCACCCACAGCAACAAGCAUGGUGAGGACUGGGUCAGUGGUGGGGACUGUUCUGAUGGCUACAUGUGCAAAACGCAUUUGCAAAUUAAAAACGGGACCGUGGCGCCUCGCCCAAGACCAUCUGCCCACGAACAGACGGGUCUUCCCACGGAGGAAGCUGCAGAACUGCCCUCGGGUGAUGCCGAAGCUCCCGAGGUGGCAGCAGCGUCACAGGUGAUACGACACGAGUAUCAUGUCUUAUAUUCCGGUAGCUUCCAAGUGCCUGUGCUGUACUUCAGGGCGAGCUUUUUAGGGGGGUGGCCUUUGACCCUGGAGGACGUUUGGGAAGGAGUCCACGAGUGCUACAGGACGCGGCUGCUGCAGGGCCUAUGGGAACCAAUACUUGGCCAACCCUUUUUUGUACUUCAUCCUUGCAAGACAAAUGAAUCCAUGACUCUGGUGUUAAAGAAUCCUCAGAAAAUCAAUAGGAACAUCAACUACAUCGCCUCGUGGCUGAGCGUCGUGGGGCCGGUGGUGGGGCUGAACCUACUUCUGAGUUACGCCCAGGCCGCCUCUCAGGACAUGUGACAUGUGGACAUGAAGGUAGGAAGAGAAACCUGGGCCUCGUGCUGUGCUCCAAGCUCACAGUGCGUCUGCU